AGCAACUGUCAAUAUUUGGGAGAAGAAAAAGCAAGGAUAAGUAGCUUUGGAUCUAACCACAGGUAGCUGCUAGGAGGAUCAAGACAGUAUAACUUAGAUUUACUGAAAAUAUACUUCACACCAAAAAUAACAAUUGGUAUUAUCAACUAAAAGGCCUUCAGUAAAUUCCAUGGAACAAACAAUGUCUACCUGAGGUCUUGUGGAGAUCAUUAACCUGGAUGGCACUUUGCAUGAUACGUAGUGUGAUGUGAUCCUCCUUGAUGGCUGUGGGACCUUUUAGAGGUACAGAAAGGUAGUAAGCCAGAUGGGAGCUGAGAACUUCACCUCUGUUAAAGAAUUCAUGUUGGUGGGACUCACAAGUCAUCGAGGGACCCAGCUUCUGCUCUUUGGGGUGCUCCUUGUCAUCUACUUGCUUAUCCUUUUUGGCAACCUGCUGAUCAUCACAUUGGUGUGGGCUGAUUCCCAGCUACAUACUCCCAUGUAUUAUUUUCUCAGCAAUCUUGCUGCAAUGGAAAUUGGGUUGGUCACCAGCACGCUGCCUCAGAUGUUGGCUCAUCUGGUCACUGGGAAUGGCGUUCUCUCCUUAACACGUUGCAUGCUGCAAGGUUAUACUGCAUUGAACAUAGGCAGUGCUGAAAGUUUGCUAUUAGGUGUCAUGGCCUAUGACCGUUACUUGGCCAUCUGCUCUCCCUUGUCAUAUGCUACAGCCAUGAGCAAGUUCCAUCAGGUCCUGCUUGUCAGCACAUGUUGGAUAAUUGGCUUUGCAUUUUCCAUGGUUUAUGUUGUCAGUACUUUUCGUCAUUCCUUCUGUGGUUCUAAUCUCAUUAAUCACUUCAUGUGUGAGUUGCCUAUUGUGCUGAAACUUGCAUGUGGUGACAUAAAAAUGACUAAAGUAAUUGUUUCUGGUCUGUCAGCAUUCAUGGUCUUCAUUCCCCUUUCAAUCAUCUUGUCUUCCUAUGGAUUUAUUCUGCACUCUGUAUUACACAUGAGGUCAAGUGCAGGAAGGAGUAAGGCCUUCUCCACUUGUGGGUCCCACCUCACUGUAGUCACCUUGUUCUAUGGCACUGUUAUUUCUAUGUACAUUAUCCCCCACCCAGACUCAGGUCCUUCUCACAAUAAGGAAAUGACUGUCUGUUACCUAGUAGUUACUCCCUUGCUUAACCCUGUCAUUUAUACUUUGCGCAACAAGGAGAUUCAUUCAGCAGUGUUCAAGAUGGUGAGAAGAUGGGGCUUUGAACAAUGAACAUGACCACUGACAUCUUGCUGGAUUGAUAUUUUGUGAUGUUUUCUUGAAGCAGAGGGAGGCUGACUAUAAAAAUAAUAGCACCCUAUUUUAACAUUCCCAAUCUUUUUUAGAGAUGAUAAGGUGGAAAAGCAGGCUGGACUCUGUAGAAAUGACCUUGAAGAAAAUAUGUGGCACUUAUCAGCAAAACAUGAACAGAUCCCAAGAAAACAGGAAUAUGUGAGGAAAGGAACUCAAGAUUGGUCCAUAGUAAUACUUUUUGGUGUAAGAGGAAGAAAAGGGAAAUGCUGUCAUGUUUUCAAGGUAUAAACACCCUGUAUCAAUAAAGUAGAAUUCUAAUAUUUCUUGUAAACUCUUUUCCUUCACUUGUUCUACUGACAAAGAGAUGUGACAAGAUUGUUUUUGUGCUUUUGAAUAAGUCUUGAUUCCUGGUGACUACAUGAACAAGUCCAUGCAGUUUUCCUAGCAAUAUUUUUCAUCAAUGAUUGUCAUUGCCUUUUUCCUAGGACUGAGAGAGAGUAACUGCUCCAAGUCAUGCAGCUGGCUUCAUGCUGAAGGCUGAACUAGAACUCACAGUUUCCCAGUUUCUAGCCUGAUGCCUUAACCAAUACACCUAACUGGUUCUUGGUGAAAUGAUAAAUUUCUCCAUUAGUACAAUUCAAAUAAAGAGUCAUUAGGACACUUCAUCAUAACGAAGACAGGGAGAGAACUAAGAAGAGGAGUCUAACAGCUUUGAGCUCCAUGAAUCUGGAUAACCACAAAAAAACAUGGUUAUACUAUAAGUAUGGUAAUAAUUUCUGAAUCUUUUGGCUAUCAUCAAGUGGUCACCAGAUUUUUGUAAGUUAAAAAAAAGAACUUGAUAUUUGUAGAAAGUAAGAAAAAGAAAGUAAGAAAACAAAAUAUAUUAAACCUAAUAAAAAGAGAAAAACAUGAUCUUUGUUAAAAUAAGCAUGAUGUUUUGUGAAGUAUCUAUAAAUAGAACCAGUUAAUAUUUAACACGAAUUGUUCAUUCAAUAUUGUUGUUCAAAGUUUGAAUUUUUGUCAAUUAACAUUUACUCUAAGUAAAUGAAAGAUUAACAUAAUUUCUUACUACCCCAGCUAAGAUCGUACUUCCAAAACAAUGAAUGUGACAGUGGUUAUAAUCUUAGUACUAUACCUUUAGAAUUAUCAUUUUGGGGAGUUGGUAGAGAUAUUUUAAAUAAUUUGUCUAUUCUCGAAACAAAAAUAGAAAAAAAUAUAGUACUGUCAGUCAAAUACUAAAUAUAUUUGGCCUCAGUAGCAAAGGAAUUGGGAAAAAAACUUUCUAGCCUCAAACAUAAAAAAAACCCCAUCUUAUUCUACCUCGAAACAAAAUGGCUGCCUAAAUAUUGAUAUGAUAUAUUAGGAAUUAUUUGAACUGAAUGAAUUCUUAUAGCAUAUUGAGUUUUUUUGAGUAGAGCUUUUGGGAAAGAAAGGCAGACUGAAGACAGCUUCAUGAAAGCAGAGCCAACUUUUGCAGCAAAGUUUGGUUCCUUUGACUCUCUCUGGAUGAAAAAAAGAUGUGAAACUGAACAGAGGACCAAACUGCUCUUCAUACAAUUGUUUCCCAUGAAAAGACUGCAUGAUAUCAGUGUUCCAAUAUUUGAGGGGCUGCCACAAAGAAGAAGGGGUUAAUCUAUUUUCCAAAGCAUCUGAAGGCAGGUCAAGAAAUAAUGAAUGAAAUCUAAACAAGGAGAGAAAC